AUGGCCGAGGACAAAUCUUACGUACUUCAAACUGCUGGUUUCGACGCUCGAUUCCCUAACCAGAACCAAACUAAACACUGGUAUCAAAACUUUGUAGAUUACCACAAGUGUGUUAAUGCCAAAGGAGAAGAUUUCGCCCCAUGUCAACAAUUUAAGAAAGCCUACCGAGCACUUUGUCCUAACGAAUGGGUUGGUAAAUGGGAUGAACAAGUUGAAGCUGGUACUUUCCCAGCUUCUCUUAAACCUUAG